CAAAGCCCUGUGGUGAUGGUGGUUGGUUCUUCUUUUGUUUCUCUCGUUUUCCCUCGUGUUCUCUCUGUAUAGAAUACCUGCACCACCCAGUGCCUCCUCCCCCACCACGUCCGCUCCUCCUGUACAGCGUUGCAUUGUGUAUGUACGGCCAGACGGUGGCGAACAAGGGCCAGUCUUUGCCUGACGGUUAUGGGAGUUGGAUGUGUUCAGUUUUCGAUCGCCGUGGUACGUGCUCAAACAUUCGAAAUCGCCACACACACAGAGGACAAGUACCCAAUUAUGUUUUGGAGUGGAUGACAUUUGAAAACGACGAGUAAAUCUCAAAAAGGAGACCUCCUUUGUCGUUUGCCCCCCAGUGAAAAUUUGUUGUUGAUCCGCCCCUCUUUCGUUUUUCAAUCGAUGGUGUGGAAUUCUCAGUCGUCUUGAAUGUAUCCAGACACGGAAAAAGGGCGAUAAAAUCCUCAUUGGGAUUCCAUGAGUCACAUCGCAUCGGAGCUCUGACUUGGAACAAGACACACACACACACAGAAAAAAAAGGUACCAACAAGAAUGGACGGAUCGACGGCCGUCUGGCUGGGCUUGACGUUGGCCGCCCCGUUGACGUUGGUGCCCGAAAUCGCCCUGCUCCGUCUCUUGCAUUCGAGGAGGGCCGCCUGGCACCCGCUGGACGUCCUCAUCGUCUCCUUGUUGGUCGGCCAGCUGUGUUGCACGUUGGUGACCUUGGGCCUGAGCGCCACCGCCCUGGCUGAAACGGCCGGUCUCCUAUCUGGCCGCGGUACGCCCAGACUGGUGGAAGGUGAAAGUACUAGUCCAUUUGUAGCUCUGGAACUGCUUCAUCACCGGACGCCCCUCUGCGCCGCCCUCAUCUCCUUCUGGGCAGCCGCCCACACCCUACACGCCGCCACUUUAACUUCCAUGGCCGUCGAUCGGGCCAUGACCAUCCGCUGGCCCUACAAGUACCGAGUCAGCGUCAGGCGCACCCAAAUCCGCUACCAUGUCGUCGUUUUGGCCGUCGUCAGUUUACUCGUCGGAGUCGCCACUUUGUUCGCUAGUACCAGCGGAAUCGGCGCCUCAUCCUCCGCAUCGUCGUUAUCUUUUUUAGCGACUCCACGACCGUUACCAACGACGACCGUAACAGCGACGACAUUACCGCCCGCAUUCCAUAACGACACUAUGACCGACUCUGCUGUUAUUGCCGAGGCCGCCGUCAUGGCCAUGGAAGCGAAUUAUUGCUCAUUUUUGCCGUAUACCUUCGAUUCGCGGUUUGCGCUCUUUUGGCUCUGCUUGCACGGCGUCCUCUUCUUAACGACGCUCACCGCUGGAGCCAUCGUCUUCGUUACCAGGAUUAUGAUUCGAUGCUCAAAUGGAUUCUCCGGACGGCUAGGACUGGCCGGCGGUUCGGGUUCGGAUAUGCGCACGUUGGGCAAUGCGUCCGAUGGAUCGUCUGCUACGCUUCCACUUCCGACGACGACGUCCUCAUCGUCGUCUGCUCUGCCGACGCUUCCAGCUCCUCCACCUCCACGGUACACUCCCGGGCCGGUGGCUUGUCUCAGUGGCCAGCAGCACGGGACGGCCAAAGUGUCACCCACUCCGCAACUGACGCGUUCCAGUCAUCCGAAUUUCAUGUUCGGAUCGACGGACAAAAACUUUAUGAAUCUUCUACAUCAUCACGAGAGCGGGGGAAUGUUGGCCGAUCAUCACAAAACGGGCACGGCCGAUUUCUGCGCUGCAACUGUUGGCGGAGGCUGCUGCGGCGGCGGUAGCUGGAACAGACAAAGACACUCUACGGUGGCAGCUGUGCUCAUCGUGGCGUACCUAACCCAUCAUCUCCCAUUGCUGGUAUUGACGACGUUGGGCACGUUUUUCGUCGACAUUCUACCGGCCGGUUGGCCUUUUUCUGCCCUCAUCUUGGGCUUGUCCCUCUUCUCCGGACUCUUGUUCAUGGCCGUCCUCGUUUUUAUCGACCCAGUCCUUUACGCGUGGAUGGUCGACUCGCUAAGACCGGCUUCACGACGCAUUGGCGGCGACCGACAUCGUCAUCUCAACCACCAGCGCUCGCCCGUGACGUCCGAGUCGGCUACCUUGGAACAGAAUCUCGCUCCCAUGAAAAUCGACGAUGACACCCGUUACCGGAUGAGCCAGAUUUAUUCACAGGAACCGACUGAAGCCAAAUUCCCUUUAACUAACGGUUCGCUUUUCGUUCACUUGAUGAAUCCUUCAUCGGGCGAUGGCAAACGAGCCAAUCGUCGUCCGUCGCGAAUGGGCGUUUCGGCCUACGACCACCGACCCCAGCUCAGCCACGAGGAGUUAGUUGCUUCAUCGAACGCUGUAAUGGCGGCUCAACAGCCUCACGUUGCCCAAGUCGUUUAUCCCGAAGCCAUUAAGCCGCCCCUUAUGACAUUUAUGAGCCGCGCUAGGAUCCUAUCCAUGACGUCGACCAUCGACUCGUUUAAAAGCCAAAGCAAUGCCGAUGGCAAUAGCUCAUCAUCGAGGCAACAGCAGCAGAUGGAACCGUUCUACAACGACCCAUUGUCGAUUGGCGCUCCACCUUCCUUCGCCGACGUGCAGGAACAAAUUGCCGAUGCCCCCGUUCAUCACGCACCCAUAACCACACUCUCGAAAUUCAAAAGUCACGAACCGAUUUACGCCUCCUUGUCCGAGACCCUUAGUUCGUGUCACACGCUCGACAGUGUCGAAGGCCCCGCGGCCUUGGACGAGUUGCGCGAAAUGCGGGAAAUGGAUGAGGAAGAGGAAGAAGACGAAGGAUCGGCGACAGAAAGCGCCGGUGACGAUUUCGAAUUUCACAAUAUAAGGACGUCGCGUCAGACGCUCAUUACGCCACAAGUGAACGCCGCCUCACCGGCCCCUGCCGCUCCUGAAGUUGUUUUCGGAUUGGAGGAUUUGAGACCGCGUUCGAGAGUCGCCCGUUCGGCCACUUAUCGCGUCCUCUGCAAUGGCCUGGACGUCAAAUGCGCCAGUAAACACGACAAAAACGACCCGGUAGAAAAUGCCGUGCUGGCGGCCACGAGCGAAAGCCAACACGGCAUCGUCACUUGCGUCACCAUUCAGAUCGGUCAAAAGGAACAGACGGCAUUUGGAGGCUCGUCGUCCAGUUUACGACGCUCCAAAUUGCUGACCUCUUUGUCGAUGAACGACAUUGACGUUCUCGGCCAAAGCCAAGAGGACGAACUUGGCGGCAGACUGGAUUGCAGUGACGGAAUCAGUCAAUUUGACGCACCUAUGCGCAGUGAUUCGCUCUUUUCUCUCUACGUGGACGAGCCAUCGUCGCAAGAGUCUUCGUUAUCGUCUCCCUUCAAAGAGACGAAUCAGUCAUUGAUGUGCUCGGCUAUUGAAUUGUCCAAUCAACUGGCAAACUACGAAAGCCCAGCGCGGCGAUCCCCGCUUCGACAACAACAACAACAACAUCCACCGCCAAUGGUUAAUUUACGUAAAAAGUCGAGUCAUCGAAGUCGUGCGGCCGUUCUCAAGCGGUUCCAGCAGAGAGAAAUGUCGUGGCCAGGCCAAGUUAACGGUAGCCAUCAAUCGGGCGCACCUCUCAAAACGGGCAGCGUCGUGUCCAUCGCCGCGCUCAAAGCCGCUCUAACCCAGUCGCCCACGUCCCACUACCUGGACAACGGUGAUGUCUACUAUCCUCAGCGGCAGCAAGUGCACAAGCAGCAGCAGCAACAACAAUCCAAAACGGUUUUCGUUAGCGAUUACAUUUAAACAAGAUUGUCGUGACGAAGUGUAGGAGCCAACAACGUGACUAGGUCAUCGAGAGGAAACGACGAAUUUUUGCGAUUCAUUUUUUUGUUGUUGUUUACCACACGUCGGCGAAAAGCUUUAACAAUCACCACACUCUCUCUCUUCCUAUUUCAACUGGAAAUGUAAGAUUCUAGUUGAAAUGGGAACCGAUGUAUUUAACGACUAUAUAUAUAUUAUAUAUAUUAUUUUGUCUCAUCAUUGUAUAGAAUAGUGUGCAACUCGAAUGGUUGCAAUUGUGUGUGUGUGUGUACAUUACUUACAUCCUAUAGUGUUUUGUAGGACGUUGCAUAUGUUGUUAAUCACACAUUUCCGAAACUGGUUUUCCCUUUCCAGAUUUCACUCUGCCCUUCACUCAUCCGAAAAUACGCGGAUGACUUAUUGUAUAGAGUUCCAUUGCGGCAUAGGGGACGCAUCAUGAUGAAUCGUGAAGAAGACGAAAUUAAAUAAGGGAAGAUAAUCGGGAAUUUUAAAACAAAAUCAUUUACAAUGCCCUUUUGGCAUCCAUCAUCAGCUGUCUGGUUCGUCAGUCAGUCAUCCCUCCCAUUUCAUCCGUACUUCUUUGAAUAAGGUGGCUGUGUUUGUUUUAUUUUUACUUGUGUGUGUUUUUGUUCGACAGUGCUAUUAUCGUAUUCAUUUGAAGACCCAUGUUUUAUGUAUCUACGUACAGUAUAUACCAAUGUAUAUAUUUGUAUGUUUGUGCGUGUGUGUGUGUGUGUAUUCACCAACUAUGCGUUACAAACCAGUCACCUUUUUUCAUCAUCAAGCACUUUCUACACACCUUACAUUU